AUGUCCGCCUUGACGGUUUUGCGAGGCUAUGCCCAGAAAAGCGACCCAAAUACGCUCCCUCUUUCUAUUCGUCUGACACAUACAACAGAUACGCUCACCGUCUUCGACGCCUAUCCCAAGUCCAUCUUCCAUUUCUUAGUCCUCCCGCGCAUUGUGCCCCCGCUGACCGCCUCUAACCUCAGCAACUUGCGCAGCCUCCUCAAAUGUGACAAGAACUUGGCGCGAAAGGUCCUCGAGAAGCUGAACCGCGAUGCACAGGGAGUACGCGCAAUGAUCGAAGACGAGAUGGUGAAGCGGUAUGGAUUCAAAUGGGGUAUCUGGACGGGGUUCCAUGCUAUCCCUUCAAUGGAACAUCUCCACCUGCAUGUCCUCUCCAACGACCUUUGUUCGCCGGCGAUGAAGAAAAAGAAGCAUUACAAUUCGUUCCAUCCCUCACACGGCUUCUUCCUCCCUCUCGAGGAUGUUUUGAACUGGUUUGACGCGCAUGAGUCGUAUUUCUCCACGCAAGGGACGGGGCAGGAACGUCGUUUUGAGGAGAAUUUCCUGAUCACCCUCCAGAUAUCGCGGCUUUGGCCAAGCCAGUACGAUCCGAUGCUGAAAGAACCCCUUGUCUGCUGGCGCUGCUAUAAGGAGUUAAAGAACAUCCCUACUCUGAAGGCUCAUCUUCAGACAGAAUGGGACGACGAAGCGAAGAGAGAAAAGGCACGAGUUGAAAGAAAAAGGAAACGCGACGACGAAGUUAAUGCAGAGAACGCGAGUGGCGACACGAACAGGGUGGCCAAGAAGCGCGAUACCGCAUCACCUUAG